CAUUAGAAGUGGUUUUGUUUAUCAAACUGAAAUUGACCAAAUUUAUCCUCUUCUUUUUGAAAUAAUCCAAAUCCAGUAUAAUACGAUGUCAACACAACCCUUGGCAACACAGGUUGUGGAACCCGAGGAAUUAUUUGACCCAGAAAUUCAGUCUUUUUUUCAUGAUUGUUCGAAAAAAUUGGACACACAUCACGAUCGUUACGAGCGUAUCGUUAAACUAAGCAGAGACAUUACAAUUGAAAGCAAGAGAAUUAUAUUUUUGCUUCACAGAGUGCAAGAUGAGGCAUCUAAAGUCAAGUUAACCCAUGAAGCUGAAGGAAAAUUACAGCUUGUGGUUAACUCCUCUUGGAAUCGUCUAGCCAAAGAAUUAGUUGGACAGGAUACUCAUCACUAUCUACGAGGUUAUUCGCCAGGACUUCAAGAAUUUAUUGAGGCCAUAAGCUUUCUCCAGUUUAUUAGAGAUGGAAGCUUGAUUACUCUUGAAGAAGUACAAAGCAAACUCAGUUAUGCUGAAGAUUUAAAGGUUCCAGUGCCAGUCUAUGAGUACUUACUCGGUAUUGCCGAUCUGACUGGCGAACUCAUGCGUUUGUGUAUUAAUGCCGUUGGACGAGGGGAAACGCAGCUUGUCUUCAAUACCUGUUUAUCUUUGCGGAAAGUCCAUGAGGCACUCUCGAGCUUAAAUCUGGGAUUCCAGCGUGAGCUGAAACGCAAGCUGCAAGUUUCACGACAGAGUUUGCAAAAGGUAGAGACAGCAUGUUAUACUGUCCAAGUAAGGGGUAGUGAGAUUCCCAAAGAACUUUUGGCGGCCAAAGCAGUUUUAAGCGAUGACAAUCCAACAUGGAACGAAGAUUACGACUGAUUCCAUAGGCAACUGCACGGUGGAUUGUAAAAAUCCGUGAUAUAUUUCUUAGUUUUCUUAUUUUUAUUUUAACAACGAAAUGUACUUUUUGAGCAUAUGGCUUCAUGAAUGACCAAUUCAGUUUACUCAUCAAAUAUACUUGGUUUUUGUAAGA